AUGGCAAUUACCAAGGGAACUCCAAGGGGCGGAGGGUCAUCCCAGCCAUUCACGGCGUCUCCAGAGUCGGCGUUCAAGGUGGCACACCAGCGCGUAUCUAUUGACGUGGACUUGUCGACGCACUCUGUCAGCGGGAUGACUGAAAUAAUUCUGAUACCUUUGAGUGACAGACUAGAAUAUGUGACCUUGGAUUGCAAGGAAAUUUCAGUCAAUGGCGUAAUAGUUGAAAAUCGCCGUUGCGAUCACUUCAUUCACGAUGAUCCUUUUAGAUGGUAUGCGGACAAAUACACGAAGGGCGAGCUCUCUGACAACGUGUUGUAUAAUUACAAUUCAGUAGAGCAAUCACAUUUUCUGCGUAACAAGUUUGCAGAACUUAACCAUGCUUCCGAAAUUACAGACUCUAGCAGGUCGCAGCUAACCAUCAAAAUUCCUUCAUCCGUUAAGAUAACGUUACAGGAUCCUAAUUCUCUUUCAUCAUUCACACCAAUAACUCCUUCUAUUAGGACACCGGCGCAGGAUGCUAUUUACUCCCCGAUUUCCAUUCGUGUAAAUUUCGAACUUCAUAAUCCAAUUAACGGAGUCCUCUUUGAUACAACUAAAGAACAAUAUUUAUGGAACGCCUUCACCACAAACUCUGAAUGGACUUCUAGUGCUUCUCACUGGGUGCCUUGUGUAGAUUCCUUAGCGGAAAAAUGCACCUGGGAAUUAGAAUUCAGCGUACCGAAGAAAGUUCGUGAUAUAGGAACCACUAAGGUAGUUGGAGCGUCUCAACCAAAAAAACGCAAGAGAGAAUUAAACAGCUUCGAAGAAGAGGAUGAAGACGAGGAAGAAGAAGAAGAGGAAGAAGACAAUCCAAUGAAUCGUGAUAUAGUGGUGUGUUGCUCAGAAUUUUCUUCUGGUAAAGAGGCACCCCAUCCAACAGACCUAUCAAGAAAAGUAGUAUCGUUUCAAAUCUUCAAUCCUGUAGCUCCUCAUCACAUUGGAUGGGCAGUGGGUGCAUUCCAACUUUGGACUUUGCCACAAAUCAAUUAUGUGGAGGAACAAGAGGAAGAACAAGACGAAGCCACGAUCAACGAACAGCAACAAGAUGAUGACGAAAGAGAUGUUAUACCAGUUCAGAUAUACACGUUACCAAGCCCUGAUAUAGAUGAGCGGACUGUAUUGAAUUCCACGUUAGUUUGCCAAGAGAUAAUUGAUUUCUAUUCCAAGGAAUUUGGAUCAUAUCCUUUUACUUCAUUCUCUCUAUUAUUUUUACCAUCGUUACCAGACUCAACGAUGGACUUUGCCGCUACGACGUUUUGCAAUACAAGAUUACUGUACCCUCCUGAAAUGAUUGAUCCCAUAUUUAGCACAACUGAUGCAUUAGCAUGGACACUGGCCAGUCAAUGGUCCGGUAUCAACAUUACACCUGCGGAAUUGAAUGAUGUUUGGUGUACAAUUGGUAUGGCAGGGUAUAUGUCCCUUCAAUUCUCAAAAAAACUAAUGGGUGUGAACGAAUUUAAAUAUAGGGUCAAGCGUCAGUCAGAAAUGAUCGUCGAACAAGAUUGGGAAAAGCCUCCAAUUGCUUCCACAUUCGACAAUGCCUCUAUGCCUUUAUCAACAACCUGUCGCGAAUUGGAAUUUGUCAAACUGAAGUCUCCUAUCGUUUUGUUUAUUUUGGACAGGAGAAUGACAAAGACAGAACGGUCGUUUGGUAUGUCGCGAGUAUUGCCGAAGAUUUUUCUUCAGGCAAUGUCAGGCGAUCUUCCAAACAACUGCUUGUCAUCUGCCCACUUUCAGCAUGUCUGUGAGCGUGUAAAUAAAAGCAAGCUUGAGCAAUUUUUCAAGGAGUGGGUAUAUGGUUCGGGUGCUCCCAUAUUCCGGAUCACUCAGCGGUUUAAUAAAAAACGCAUGGUUGUAGAGAUGGGUAUAAGACAAUGUCAAGUUCAGGAGUUGGGUCAAAAUAAGACUAUCGGCGUUGAAGGGUUUCAUUCAAGUGCAAUGAAUUACCUAUGCCACAAAGAAAAAAGCUUAACACCUGUUUUCACUGGGUCAAUCACCAUCAGAAUCCAUGAGGCCGAUGGUACGCCGUAUGAACACAUUGUUGAAAUCAAAGAUGCAUUCACAAAACUUGACAUUCAAUACAACACAAAAUACAAAAGAUUAAAAAGAAGGAGAAAAAUCAACAAAUCAGCAAAGCAGGAGGGCAAAGAUCAAACUCCGAUAGAUAAUAAUGAAGCUCCUCCUAAUGAGGAAGAAAAUGAAGAUGUGGUUCUCGUCAAUUGCUUGGGUGAUGUUUUGCUUGGUGCGAAGGAUUGCAGUCAAUGGAAUCUCACCGAUGCACUUAUGACCAGCGAAGGAGACGAGUUUCAACAACAAAAUGAGGCGUUUGAGUGGAUAAGAAUCGAUUCGGAUUUCGAGUGGAUUUGUAAAAUUCACAUAAACCAGCCCGAUUACAUGUUUGCCUCACAGUUACAACAAGAUCGCGAUGUCGAAGCUCAAAUUGAUAGCGUCAGAUUCUUUGAGGACGUUAUAGUAAAUUCAAACGUCAAUUCUUUGGUUUACUCGUCGAUUUUAACAAGGACAAUAAUGGACGAGCGCUAUUUUUAUGGCGUCAGAGUGGAGGCUUGUCGGGCGCUUUCGAAGUUUGUGUGGAGAGAUUCACAAUCGCCGCAGUUUUAUGGUGGUGCAAUGCACCUUAUUAAGAUAUUCCAACACUUUUUUUGUUAUAAGGACUCUAAUAUACCACUCAACAAUAACUUUUGCAAUUACCAAAAGUAUUUUCUCCAGAAGUGUAUUCCAAAAUAUCUUGCAGAAGUCAAGAAUGAAAAUGGAUAUUGUCCCAACUUUGUCAAGAAGUUUCUUCUCGAUAUUCUGAGAUAUAAUGAGAAUUCGGAAAAUUGCUAUAAUGAUACCUACUAUGUGGUUGUUUUAAUUGGAAGUUUGGUAACUAGUGCGAUACAAGAUAAAAAUGAUACCUCUUUUGUGAAGGAUUUACUUCACGAACUUCAAAGGUUCGAGAAUCUUGAUCAGUGGAUACCAUCAUAUCAACUCUUGGUCACUAAAAGUAUCAUGCUCCAGCAUUUGAGGCUAGCAGUCGAUGAUCUUUACGUGUAUGAAGACCUUUCCAAGGUGUUAGAGUUCACUAUCAAAUCGGAAGCUAACUCCUCUUUGAAUGAAGUUACUCAUAUGAGAGAAGGCCUACAGGACCUAGUCCUCUCUGCGUUUAAAGUACUUCUAAUUGGUGGAGGGAUAAAGAAUAAAGAAGGUCUCAAAUACUUUUUCGAAUUUAUGUCGUUUCAUCCUGACCCAUACAUAAGGAUCAAGUUAGUGGAUGUGUUGAUUGAUGCCAUUAACUUCAUCUCUGUGAGGAAUAGCAUGACGGACUUAGAUGACGAUAUAGAAGGUUUAACAAAUGCCAUCAAUCCUGAGAUUGAAAACGGCUCCAUAGAAUUUGGUGAUCCAACCUCUGUUAGGGAGCCGUUCAGCGUAGAAUCUUCUAAUAGAAGAGAAGCUCAAUUGAGAACUAGCAUACAUGGUGUCAUUACCUUAGUUCGUCGAAAGUUUGCAAAAUACGAACCCCUUAAGCAGAUUAUCUGGGACGCACUACAUUCGCCUUUGCUGAACGUUUAUCAAAAGAAGCGUCUUUUUGAUCUCACUAGAGUCAUUUACAAGCUUGUCGAUGGCUUUUGUGUUACACUUCCAAUUCCAAGAGACAAAAAACUAGUUGCAAGAGAUAUGGGUUCUGGCAAGGUCAAAAUCAGGCGAGAAGGGAUACUCAAAGUUCAUCUAGCUCCGAAAGUCAAAAUUACCACGAAAGCAAAGACGUCAGUGCCCCCUGUGCCUUCCAAACCCUCCAGCAAAGUGAAAAUAAACUUAUCGAAUGCAAAACGGCCGGCUACCCCAGUCAAGCAGCGUAGAGCUGCGCCUCAAACUUCUAUUGCAUCUCCCGUAAAGGGAAAACAAACCAAAGGAGCGGUUUUAAAAGUUGGAUCCUUACCCUUAAGAUACGUCAGGAUUACAGAGAACAAGAAAGUUGAUCUUUCUGCAGUCCCCUUCAACAAUAAUGUCAGCAUUAUUAGAUCCAAUGCUAGAUCUCUGAUGAUUAAAUUCAAGCUACCAGAAUCUAAGAGGAAAUAA